AUGAUCUUGCGGGAACAGCAUAUGACCUCCUCACCGCUUGAUGGGAAAUUUGAAUCAAAGAUUAGAAAUUUGCCGUGGUUUCCUUCAGGAACGGCCACUAAGAGCUUAGUUGCUUUGGGACGCUGCGGAGGGUGCGGAGUGUCCAAGAGGGCAUGUGGGUGCAAAAAGUUAGAAUGUCCGCAACCACAGAACUGCCUACGGGUUUCUUUAUGGCGAUAUCUGGGAUAUCUAGAAGCAACCAAAGGCAAGGUUGGUGGAGAGUGGCUUGAAAAAUCGGACUACGCUGAAAAUGUGUCAAUUUCCAGCAACGAUGAUCUAAACUACGAUUCAGAUGACGAAGCAAUUAUUGAAUGGGCUGUCAAGGAGCAGUAUCAGGAACAUCCAAAGGUUUCUAUGUACGUUUUUUUAUUUGGGGAGUCAGAGGUUCCAUUCACAUACUAA